GCUAGACCAGCAGCAACGUGGUAGCUGCCAUAUGUGGCGCUGGUAGGGGCUUGUUAACAUGCACUUUGCUUGGGCUGCCAUGAGGAUCGUCUGGGUGCCUCUCCUAUGCUUCAACAAAGGACAACAAAUCACUGCAGAAUUGUUGACCAAUUCACCAUUUAUAGAUAACAGGCACAAAUUUUUCGACCUGAACGAAGGUGCUAAUAUAACAUGCAGCAAUAAAACAUGGCGAGAGAUGAUCUACAGCAUCUGGAAAGUCAAAUUGAAGGGGAGGCUCUGCUCUGUGGCUUUUCACAUUAACGGAAGUCGCCAUGACACAUGUGAGAAUGGGAUGGAGCUGAGGAACGGAACCAGCGGAGAAUCCUACCUGCACAUUCCUCAGUUCACUCUAGGAAACCAGGGAGUUUAUCUCUGUGAGACGGCUUACUGGGGAGGAACCUAUAAUGCAGAGAUUACGGUAUCUGCAAGAGUGCCUCCACAGAUCUUCAGCAGGCUGGAAGAGCUCCACAACGGGACAGUGGCUGUGUGCUCAGCUGUGGGGGGAAACCCGGCAGCCUCCAUCUCCUGGAGAACCCAGUGGAACUCCACUGCAAACCAGACCUCCACCCGCAACUCAAACGGCACCUACACUGUGGAGAGCCGCUUGGUCCUGCCUGGCCGUGUCUCCAGAGAGAACCUGAGCUGCAUCGUCACACACCCGAGCUGGCCGGGGGGGUUCAAAGAGACACCUCAGCCUCGGGGAUCCUUAUCAAUCUUUGGAUUGCAGUCCAGCGUCCUGAUGGUCUGCGCUGCUUUGAUGCUGUUUGGAGUCGUGACUUCAUGCUACAUCUUAUGGAGACCUUCCAAAGCAAUGGGCCGAAGGAAGCGACGUCUCUGCUCAGGGUCUACUUGACACACCCGGCCGUUGAUGCAGAGGGACGUCAGCAAACCAGUUAGGAACUAAGAGGGUACAUCACUCACCAGAGGUGGAGAUUUCAGGUCCACAGUGUACAAAUCCAGACCGAGAUUUUGUUUCAACAACCAGUUGAGUAUAAAGAGUCACAAUCACAGAGUACUGAAAUGGUUGGUUGAAGCGAAAUCUUGUCCUGGAUUUGUACUCUCUGGACCUGAAAUCUCCACCUCUGUGGCCCACUAACCACACCUAUUUGCUGUGUGGUAUGCUUAACUUUACCUAAUGCCCACUAUCAUUUAAAAAAAAUUUUUGCAGUGCUUGUUGCUCAGGCUUGGUCAUUUAGUGAACCUGCUACGUGUCCAAUGGCUUUUGUUUUCACUCGUGCUGUUUUUGGCAGAAACACUAAUUACACUGUAACUGCGGGUUUUUCUGAAACAUCGUGUUCGGAAGAGAGCAGACUUUCUAUGCAUGGUUGUAUGUUUACGAUGCAUGUCGAAUUGUAGGUUUUGCACAAUGACGGCGACUUCACUUUUGGUAAUAAACAAUACCUUUGA